CCGGGAGGGAAGCUGGUGGUUGAGCAUCGUGAAAUCGGCCGGAGUAGACUCCGGUGCUGACUGGCGGCUACCCACCCUGCGGUUUCAGGUGGUGCCCGCCAGAAUGUCCCACUUGGAGAGCCUGGUGCUCUGUCGAGAGGCUCAGGUGUCCACCUUGCAGUCCCUGUUUGGAGAGAGACAUCAUUUCAGCUUUCCAUCCAUCUUUAUUUACGGACAUACUGCCAGCGGGAAGACCUACGUGACACAAACUUUGUUGAAGGCGUUAGAGAGGAAGACAGAUGAGAAACUCAAAUCAGAGAAACUUCUCUUUAAGGUUCUGGAUAAAGCUGAAUAUCUAAGAGACAUGGAAGCAAAUCUUUUGCCUGGCUUUCUUAGGUUGCAAGAAUUGACUGACAGAAAUGUGACUGUUAUCUUUCUCAGUGAGAUCAUUUGGGAAAAGUUUCGUCCAAACACCGGAUGCUUUGAACCAUUUGUCUUGUAUUUCCCUGAUUAUAGCAUAGGGAACCUCCAAAAGAUCCUGUCCCACGACCACCCUCCAGAGUACUCAGCUGAUUUUUAUGCUGCCUAUAUUAAUAUUCUUCUUGGAGUUUUCUACACUGUGUGCCGAGAUCUGAAAGAGCUCAGACAUCUGGCAGUGCUUAAUUUUCCCAAAUACUGUGAACCUGUAGUUAAAGGAGAAGCAGGUGAACGUGAUACUCGCAAACUGUGGAGAAAUAUUGAGCCUCACCUGAAGAAAGCAAUGCAGACUGUUUAUCUCAGGGAGAUAUCAAGUUCCCAGUGGGAAAAGUUACAGGAAGAGGACACAGACACAGGACAGCUAAAAGGUCUCUCGGCGUACACCCACGUGGAGCUUCCGUAUUACUCUAAGUUUAUUCUUAUUGCUGCGUACCUUGCCUCCUAUAACCCGGCCAGAACUGACAGGAGGUUCUUCCUUAAGCAUCAUGGGAAAAUCAAGAAAACCAACUUUCUAAAGAAACAUGAGAAGACAAGCAAUCACCUCCUUGGACCCAAGCCAUUUCCACUGGACAGGUUGUUAGCAAUACUGUAUAGCAUCGUGGACAGCAGAGUGGCCCCAACCGCAAAUAUCUUCUCCCAGAUUACUUCCCUGGUGACUCUACAGCUGUUAACCCUGGUUGGUCAUGACGAUCAGCUUGAUGGACCAAAAUACAAAUGCACAGUUUCUCUAGAUUUCAUCAGAGCCAUUGCGCGGACCGUGAACUUUGACAUAAUAAAAUACUUGUAUGAUUUCUUGUGAAAACAAACCUCAAAGCCAUAUGGACACUGUGACAAUGACUAAGCCAAGCUGUGUUCAUCCACCUACUUAGCUGGCCAGGGAGAGGAGUUCUUUGGCUCUAUUGGAUUUGUCCAAACAGGUGCUGGCCCAGCAUGGACUCUGAUGGAAACAUUCUGAUUGGUCUGGGUAGAUGUGAGCAGAAGACUCUUUACCAGGGGCCCAGGAGUAUUUGGAAGCAACGUGUUAAUUAUAAACAGCAGGGUCUGAGCACAAUCUGUUCUGCUCUUAAUGAUGUUAUCUUAACACUGAAAUUGCCUGAAGCCCAUUUACUUAGAACUGUGUUUUGCUCUAUGAAGUAUCCCCUGCGCUCUGAAUGUGCCAGCAGCCCUUGUUUGUACGGCCACCCUUUUCACUUCCUCUCCACGGGAGCCUCUGCAGUCUCCUGCCAAAGCAGAUUUCCUAAGGCCACGAUUUUCAAAGAUCAUACUUGCAAAAUAUAUGUUAUUUUUUAAAAAUGUAAGCUCUCUAUGCUUAUCUUUUUUACCCUGAUUUUCUCAAACCCAAGGCAGCUUGUUCAGAUGCACACGCACCAGCCUUAUGUCUGCUUGUUGCUACCUUGACAGUGCUUGUGUAAGAAAGGCUUAUCUGCUCACUCUCAGUUAACCACCCAAACUGGCUUUUUAUCAGCAUAUUGCUUUCCUUCCUUCCUUCCCUCCUUCCCUCUUUUCUUCCCUUCUUCCCUCCCUCCCUCCCUUCCUCUCUCUCUCUCUCCCUCCUUUCUUUCCUUUUCCUUUUCUUUAAAUUGUUGGCUUUUGUGACCUCCACAAUAAAAUCCUUCCUCUUA